AUGAACUUCGCGCCGUUCACGGGCCACAUUCCGUCGGCGACGGCGAUCCCGACGAUCCACCAGUUUGCGGCCAAGUUUGGUUACGAAGGAAGUGGUGGUGUUGUGCAAGAGACGCGCUACCAGACGUCUGGAGGGGGCGUGCAGUUCGCUGUGGCCCCGGCCGGAGUAUCGGUGGACGGAGUCAAGUUCCGGCAGGCAGAGAGUGUGGUGGUGGUCAGCAACGCGCAGCCCGGCACCGUCACACUGGCGGGAAUCGCGCCCGUACAUAGUGUAAACACAGGUGUAAAAUACCAGAGCAUCACAGCCACAUCGUCCACCGUGAACGUGGGAAACAUCGCCUAUGGAGGCGGUGGACAGGUUGGUUAUGUACAAGAGACUGUGCUGAAGGGGGAACAGCGUGACAAGCGGGAGUACCGCGAUGAACUGCACCAUGAUCUUAUGGCUUCUAUGAUGCAGCAACACCAGGGUAAUUAAAUUUAUUAUUAUGUAUAAUCUCCGCUACAGCAGGGCACGCAACAACUACUGGUAGUACUACACGAACCCAAAGAAGGAGCCGCACUAACCAGGGCCAUCAAGCAGGAGGGUCGCUCUCACAGGGAGGCUAGUGCACCCGCUGAGUUCAUCAGUAUAGGUGACGUGACAGACAGUUCAACAUGGCAGACGCUAGGCAGUGGUGUGGCAGACUACCUAUCGGCACUACCCCUACCAUUGCACCAUCUUCUGAAGUACUCCAGCACAACAGAAGGCAAACGCGAAGAGCCCACUAUCGUAACAGUCGCUACGAAUUCUUUACCACCGAUGUCUACUUUAACCUCGGUACCAACAAACGUAGUAAACAGCGUUGUGGUCCAGACAGCAACGAUCGUGAAUCCAUCUACAACUAACACGACGCAAUCCAAUAUCAACGUGAAUACGAUCUCGCUCGCUAAGAAAAAGAAAAAGAAAAAAAUGCUUAAAGAGAAAAAACCUCGACCAAAACCUGGGGAGAUACGACUAACGACUGCAUUAGAUGGAAGCACUCUUUACUGUUGUCCAGAGUGCCACAUGGCUUACCCGGAGCGAGGUCUUCUGGACCAACAUCUUGUGGGACAUACCAUGGAGCGAAGGUUCAUCUGCGACAUCUGCAACGCAGCACUAAAGCGCAAGGACCAUUUAACGCGUCACAAACAAUCACACAACCCCGAGCGGCCGCACGUGUGCUCCGUGUGCCUUAAAGCCUUCAAGCGUAAGGAGCAACUCACGCUGCACUUCAUCAUACACUCGGGCGAGAAGAGGCACGUGUGCAACGAGUGUGGGAAAGGCUUCUACCGCAAGGACCACCUGCGCAAGCACACGCGCUCGCACAUCGCGCGCCGCGUCAAGGCCGAGCUGUCGCAGCAGGCCACCGCCCCGCCGCUGUCGCAGCAGACGGUACCGGCUCCGCCCCUUGAGCCAUCUUGA